AUGGCUGAUUCGAACAGCCAACAACAUCGAACUGUCGUCGGUGGUACGGGGACACUCAACCUCAAUGAUGAUCCUGGUUCACCCUUAAAUGUUGUCCCACAUAAUCUUUCACUUCAUUUUUCAUUUAAUGAAGAUGAAGAUGCAUUGGUUGAGAGUAGAGUUACACAAGAUCCUGAACCUAUUUCUUCAGAGCUUCCAGCCUCACUUCUGAAUCAAAAUGGCCCUAAUGAUGAUGAAGAUGGUGUUCAGGAUUGUACUUUUACACAGUUGCUAUCCACAGGUGUUCAUGCGGACGAGGAAUUUUAUGUUCACCACACACCCAAUGGCACUAGAAUGUGGUGUCCUAAUGUUCCUAUUGUUUUAAAGCCUGUUGUUGGUUCUAAAGCCUGUUGUUGGUUCUGUAUAUGA